ACCAUCAUUAUUGUCUUUCUAUCUUUAGCCUUCUAUAAUGUUCUUGUGCUUAUAUGCAUCAUAUUUGGUACAUUUAGGCGCUAUUCUGGGCUUUAUUUCUGGGCUUUUGUGGUGUCGACAUCUGGCAUUGCCCUAUCUUGCUCCGGCUUCAUGAUCAAGUACUUCAGCCCAAAGUCGCUUGGCUACUUUUCGUGCACACUUAGCUUAUUAGGGUGGGUGUGCAUGGUUACCGGCCAGUCACUGGUGCUUUGGUCACGGCUACAUCUGGUGAUGCGGAAUCCAAGGCUCCUUAGGAUAAUACUGUGGAUCAUCAUUAUCGACGCGAUUCUCUGCCAUGGCACCGUUAUACCCAUGGUUUAUGGUUCAUUUUCUGACAAACCCGAAAUAUUUGCAAAGCCAUACUCUAUCGCAGAAAGAAUGGAAGUGAUAAUCUUCUUUCUACAAGAAGUUAUGAUAUCCAUCUUUUACAUUAUUGAGACAGUUCGCAUUAUGAAAAUCGAAACCUUUCUUCAAAACCAUCAAUCAAGUCGACGAUUGAUGCACCAUCUCGUUAUUGUUAACGUUCUCGUUAUACUUCUCGAUAGCACCAUUAUAAUUCUCGAGUUCGCAAACCUAUACGACUACCAAAUAUCAUACAAACCAUUCGCCUACAGUGUGAAACUACAACUUGAGUUUACAGUACUUAAUCGCUUGGUCGAUUUAGCAACUGGCAGAAAAGAAGCAUACAGUAGUCAACGAAGCCGAGAUAUUUAUAUUUCGAAAAAUACUACUACUGGC